UAACAGUCCGUCCGCACGGAAGAAGUAGCGAGCGAGCCAGUGAGCGAGAUGGGUCUGCUUCACAUGCUGUGGGACGACGCGUUCGCCGGCGGCCCCCCGCCCGAUUCCGGCCUCGGCAAGCUCCGCUUCUCCGCGGCCGCCGCGCCGCCGCGAUCGGCCGCGGUCCCCCGGGGCGCCGGCCUCGUCAGCCGGAGAGUCACCAUCGUCAGGACCGGGAGCCCGGGUGGCGGGGCGGUCUGCCCGGAUUCGGUCCCGGAGCCUCCCGCCCGGUGCGGCAGCAGUGACCCGGGAACGCCCCCACCGUCACCCGGUACGCAGCAGGGGGAUUUCAAGAAGUUCACGAGGAGAAAAUCCUCCCAAGCGUUACAAAAGGCAGAGCCUAGAAGUCCUACGGUUUUCGAUUGGAUCUUGAUCAGCGCUUUGGAUCGUUGAUGGAUGGAAGGAAGGGCUGAUCUUCAUUCAAGAACGCCGCAUAGACAUCUAUCUACUAGAAGAUGUUUGUCAAUGCCGGAACAUAGAAUGAAAUGAGCUGAGAGUCAGACAGAGAGUAUUUAAUCUCUGAAGCAACCCGAUCCUUGUCAACGUUUCUUAGAUGGCCGCUUUUUUGGUUUUUUCCUUUUCUUUUAGCUUCGCCCUUUUCGCCUCUGGAUCUCCUGUCAAUAGGGCUGUCCCUUUUUGAAGACUUCUGUUUGUUUUUCUGGUUCUGUAAAUUCUUCAACUCCGAAUGGCCCUUUAAUGGCAUUAAGGAAAUCCGUCUUAAGUUUUUAUUUCGGGUUUUAUAUCCUACUGUUUGCCUAUGGUUACUGUUCGAAAGGUUUAUUCUGUUUCA